AUGAUCAGUUAUGUUUUAUUUUCAGUCGUGCCCGUACAGCAUACGGAUCGAUGUAGCACAUCUCUAGGAGCUCUGACACAUCUGGCAGGAGCUGAAAUACACGUAAGAUUCAUAAUUAGGUUGAGUUUGGCAGUAGUUAUUACCUGGGCACGUGGUGGUUGA